UCACUUCAGCUUCUUCACCCCUUGGACUUGAGAGUCAUCACGGAGAAAUGGACAGCCGCAACGUCGUCAUUUGCGACAAUGGCACUGGUUAUGUCAAGUGUGGCUUUGCAGGUGAGAAUUUUCCCACAUCAGUAUUUCCCUGCGUUCUUGGAAGGCCAAUGCUAAGAUAUGAAGAAUCCCUCAUGGAACAAGAAGUCAAGGACAUUGUUGUUGGGGAUGCUUGUUUGAAACUGAGGCAUCAGCUGGAUAUUUCCUAUCCUGUCAACAAUGGGAUAGUGCAAAAUUGGGAUGAUAUGGGCCAUGUAUGGGAUCAUGCCUUUUUUAAUGAACUGAAGGUAGACCCAACAGAGUGUAAGAUCUUGCUCACUGAUCCUCCUUUGAACCCAUCCAAGAAUCGUGAAAAGAUGGUUGAGACCAUGUUUGAGAAGUACAACUUCGCUGGUGUCUUCAUACAAGUUCAAGCUGUUUUAACAUUGUAUGCUCAAGGUUUGCUUACAGGAUUAGUUAUUGACUCUGGUGACGGUGUUACGCAUGUGGUUCCAGUUGUGGAUGGAUACUCAUUCCCUCAUCUCACAAAAAGAAUGAAUGUGGCUGGACGCCAUAUUACAUCAUAUCUCGUAGAUUUGCUUCAACGAAGAGGGUAUGCAAUGAAUAGAAGUGCUGACUUUGAGACAGUUAGGAAUAUUAAAGAGAAAUUAUGCUACAUAAGUUAUGAUUAUAAAAGGGAAUAUCAAUUGGGACUUGAGACAACCAUCCUUGUUAAGAAUUAUACACUACCUGAUGGAAGGGUGAUUAAAGUUGGGACUGAGAGAUUCCAGGCAUCUGAGGCUCUUUUCACUCCGGAACUGAUUGACGUUGAAGGUGAUGGAAUGGCUGACAUGGUGUUUCGCUGCAUUCAGGAAAUGGAUAUUGACAACCGCAUGAUGCUAUACCAGCAUAUUGUUUUGAGUGGAGGAAGUACAAUGUAUCCUGGGUUACCGAGUCGCUUGGAGAAAGAAAUUUUAGAUCGCUAUGUUGAUGUUGUUCUGAAGGGAAACAAAGAUGGAUUAAAGAAACUGCGGUUGCGGAUAGAGGAUCCACCACGAAGAAAGCAUAUGGUAUACCUCGGAGGAGCAGUACUUGCAGGAAUUAUGAAGGAUGCACCUGAGUUUUGGAUUAGCAGGCAAGAUUUUUUAGAAGGAGGAGUUGCGUGUUUAAGCAAGUGUGGCCAGGCAUGAGUUCAUCUGGCAGAAGUUGUAAAAGGCAGAAGAUCUAGAACAGGGUUGCAGU